AUGGAGCCAGCGCAACCUGAAACAACGCAAGUGGUUGCAACUGAUGAAGGUGAAGAAGGAGAAGGAACCCUCCUGAUGUGGCGUCGCAGGGAAAAUGCGCCGCAAGGGUCUACCAUUGACCCUUCACUUUUGAUACUUGCAUUAAAAGAACAUGAAAGAAGAAGAAAAGAAGAGAAGGAGAAAAUGGAGUGCGCAAAACUCAUCAUGGCAGAAGGAAAUCGCAGAAGAAGACUGCAAGAUGAGGAAAUGCGCAGUAAUAAUGAGAUCACAAGGCUUGAAGCGAUAAGGCAACGCAAAGAGGAACAACAUUUGUUGCUGGCCUCCGAGCAGUUUGUAGAAGAGUUCGAGAGAGAAGAAAGAGAAGAGGAUGAGGAUGAGAAAAGGAAUAAGGAAGAAGAGGAGAGGAGAUUGAAAGAAGAGAAGGAGAAGAAGCGCGAAGCUAAUAGGCGACACUUACAGAAGAAGAAGGGUAAAGAACUCGCAGAACGCGAGAAGAAGGAACAACGCAAAGAGUAG